CACACAAUUGCAGAAUAUCACACCAUGAGAGCCACUGCUCUCCUGUAUUUCCUCUCUAUGCUAGCAACCGCCAACAUUGGCCUUAAAUGGUCCAUCACCAAUGUCUCAACCUCCGGUCUCAGAGGCAUAACCUUCGCUAUAGCCAUGUCGCGCGCCAAACACGAAAACGGGCUGUACUUCGCGUAGCAAUUUGGCUUCGUCGGCGUCGACGACAUCGGCUACACGGGUCCGCAAUCUAGAUCCGAUACCGAGAACGGGACUAGUAUCGUGCAUGCUGUAUUCUCGGGCUUCGUCGCUGGCACGACGAGUACAGAUGUCGAAUACUGCAGUGAUGGCGCUGACGGUGGUCCAGAUGCUGGGCCGUUCAUGUUCCCGCGCCGUAUUCGAGGCCUUUUAAGAACGUGCACGAUACUAUCUAGACUGGAACCCUUGUUGACGCGAUCGUCAGUAACGCGACACAUCGGAACGUACACACUACCCGCUAGAGCCGGCGGAAUCCAGUCCUCUCAGCUUGGUUUUGCCGAGCAUUUCCUGUUUAAAUCAGAGGGGAGGUGGAUGUGGGAAGAUGCCAAAGGCAGAUGCGACAUUCUGGCCGCCACGGACAAAUACUUCGAGUUUUGGCGCUGGGAAGCUCUAAAAGCCCUAUCCGCAUGGGGAUUGUGCGGAAGAGGGGGGCUUUCAGACGAGUCGGGUUGGUGGUGGGGGGUAUACAGCUAGGAUUGGAAUUUUUUAUUUCAAAAUCAGAUCAGAUCGAGAUUGAGAUCUUGAUCCAGGGUUGUGCCUUUUGUUGAAUCUUAUGUUAGC